GGCCCCCCGAUAUGCCGAUUCAAUCCGGGGACCGGGGGGUGUAGCCAGCUGCAGGGCCUAAUUUCUAGUGGUCAUAUUUUCUUGGGACCUGUUUUUUUGCCCCAUCACAGCUAUUGUUUGCAUCAACCUCCCAACCAAGCUUUCUCGCCAGCAACAUCGUCGGCUGCAGCAAUCACACGGGCAACUUCGAGUGGAAACCGAGCGAAACGCCAACGACAAUUGAUCACAAUGCCAUCGCCCAUGGCACCUCUUGCCCGCGUGCAGGCUCCUCUGCGGCGGGCUCUCGCCUCGUCGGCUCGCUCCCGAGCCUUCGCCACCGUUCCUCCCACCUUCGGCACAACAUCCGAAGCAGCAUCGCAACCCCCGAAAGCCCGCAGACCGACCUACUUCAAGGACAAGAGCCUCGCGUCGCUGGACGACUUCAUCGCGAGCAAGGGCGACCCGGCGGCCCUCUCCGAGGCCGAGGCCUAUGAGAUUCGCACCGUCGAGGUCACGGGCCCGACGGGCAAGAAGAAGACCAUCACCCGCCUCCCUGAGUGGCUUAAGACGCCCAUCCCCGCCGGCAACGAGAACUACAAGUCUAUCAAGAAGGAUUUGCGCGGAUUGGGGUUGCACACGGUAUGCGAGGAGGCAAAGUGCCCCAACAUCUCCGAGUGCUGGGGCGGCUCCUCCAAGAGCGCGGCGACGGCGACCAUCAUGCUCAUGGGCGACACGUGUACGCGCGGAUGCCGUUUCUGCAGUGUAAAGACCAACCGCGCGCCGGCGCCGUUGGACCCUCACGAGCCGGAGCACACGGCCGAGGCGCUGGCUAGGUGGGGGUUGGGAUAUGUUGUUCUGACGUCUGUUGACCGCGAUGACCUGGCGGAUGGCGGAGCGCGGCAUUUCGCUGAGACGAUCAGCAAGAUCAAGGCCAAGAAGCCGAGUCUGCUGGUCGAGGCGCUGACCGGCGACUUCAUGGGCGACUUGGACAUGGUGAAGAUUGUGGCAGAGAGCGGGCUGGAUGUGUAUGCGCACAAUGUUGAGACGGUGGAGGCGCUGACGCCGUAUGUGCGUGAUCGGAGAGCCACGUUUGCGCAGAGUAUCAAGGUGCUUGCGCGGGUCAAGGAGGUGAAGCCGGAGAUGAUUACCAAGACGAGUCUCAUGCUUGGCUUGGGAGAGCAGGAGGAGGAGAUUAUGGAUGCUUUGAGGCAACUCCGCAAAGCCAACGUCGACGUCGUCACCUUUGGUCAGUACAUGCGCCCGACGAAGCGCCACCUCAAGGUCGAGAAAUACGUCACUCCCGACGAGUUCGAGAUGUGGAAGCAGCGCGCACUGGAUAUGGGAUUCCUGUACUGUGCCAGUGGUCCCCUGGUGCGGAGCAGUUACAAGGCCGGCGAGGCGUUCAUCGAGAACGUGCUGCGCAAGAGGGCGGGUGAGAAGGCUGGCAUGGCCGCGAGCGGUAGGCUCGGCCAGACUGUCGCCCUGGAGGAGGGGUUCAAGACGCUUUAGACCGUGUUGUUGCUGUACUUUGGCAGCGAGGAUUGAGGAUGUACGAUCUGCGAGGAUGGUGAUGAAAUAGACCAGGGGAUGAGAUGGAUAAUUGUCAAGGGGGUUAGAUGGCAUGGUUGGCGUUAAUAUUUUUGGGCUGGACGACGGGAACUUCAUUCAUCAUGGGCAUCGCCAUCUUCUACCCCCGGGUGGCACACUUUUCGACAUACAACCUAGGUGCAUAGUAGACCUAGAAGAAUAUACGGGUGCCGGGUGGUCUUCAACAAUGGC